GCCAGCUGAACCCAGAGAACUUGUGGCAGACAGCUGCAGAAGGCUCUCAUCCCCUGGAUCAACCUUCCUGUUGCCACAGAAAGGGUUCUUCCGGGGAUGUGGUCCACUCUCCCCAAGAUAUGCCUUCUCCCAGGGAUGCCCAUUCUUCUCCUCAGGAUAAGACACUGCUUUCUCAAAGGGAAGUUUCAGAGACUAUAGGAAAAGUUAUUCUUCCACUCAGACCUGCACUGAAUGACGUAAAAGCUAUAUUACAAAAGCUACUUAGAAAAGCUUGGUUGAGUGAUCCAGCUGGGCUGGAAGUAGUUUCUGGAGAAGUAAAAAUAGAAUUUCCUAAAGGUGUAUGGGUAGAAAGUAGUGCCCCCGAUUCUCUGGGAGUUAUCCCACAGACAACGGUGGACAGCACAGCUUCAGACAGAAAGGAUUUUUAGUCCUCCAGUGUAGUUUCUGAUGAAACUCGUAAAAUGGGAUCUUAUUUAGCUGCCCAGACGUCUCCAUCAGACCAAACCCUUAGCUCAUUUGCUUCUACUCUUGCUCAGUACGGCAAAGAGUUACCUCAGGAAGUGACAGAAAUUGUGAGGGAAAUGACUAUUCAGCCUAAAUCAGAGCCCCUUGAAUUCAGUGUUGCCUUAGAAAAACUACUAAAGGAAACAACUGAAACCCCUUGCACAAAAUAUGACAGUGAUACAAGGGGUCUUUAUUCGUCAGAGUUAGUAGGUAUUACUGAGGUGCCCAGGCAAGCUGCUUCUGAAUUCCAUCCUGAGAAAAUAAAAGAAACAGUAGAAAAGUCUGAGGCUCCAUCAACUACUGAGAGUGCUUUUGAUAUUGGUUUGGAGAGACUCCUUAAAGAAACAUCUAACAGUCCUUCUUAUCAGCCCCAAGUGUCAGUGAAGGAAGAAUAUCCUGAAGAGGAGCCAUUAGAGGCAAAGCAGGCCAGGUGUUGGGGGAGAGUGUCCCCUUUUCACUGGUCAGUCUCAGGGGCCUUGGAAAUCAAACAUAAGAGUAAUGUAUUCAAAUCUCAAGUCAACCAACGUGAUAGAGUGUUGGGAAGACACAAAGCUAUGACUGGCUUUUCAGAUCUCUGUGGUUCUGAAAGUGGGGCUGACAUCCCUGGAGCCUCACAACUUUCCGUGGACCAUGAAGUAGGGACCACAGACACUAUAAACCCCCCAGAGGAGAGGGAUAGUGAAAGUGAGGUUGCAGUGGUUCGAGAAAGAGCUUUUCAGGAGCCUGGUUUCAAAGAGGCUCCUGAAUGAAGCAAUUACUGUGCCCAGAAAUAGGCAACCCGUUCCUCUCCUGACAAAGAAAACUCUGCAAAAACAAGUCAAGUUGAGUUGAUUCUGGGAUCACCGUUUAAGAGACUAGAGAAAAAGGAAGAAAAAGGUUUCUCUGACUAUGAUUUUUCAGACGGAAACAUUGGUUCUAAUGCAAAAAGCUGGAGAAACACCUCCAGUGAGCGUUUUGAGGUUUUUCACUGAUUGGUUAAUGAGUUGAUUUAUGUAAUGCUGACUUAAAGAAUGAUAUAGUUUUAAAAACUGGGAUUAAUUUGAUAAUCCCAAAUGGUGCUAAAUUCAUCUUUGUACUUCAGUUCUCCCUAGAUUUUCUUGAUAAAAAGCUACAUUUCCUGUUAUAUUCUUUAAUCAAAUGAGUUACAUAGAGAUAGUGUUACCCAUCAGGCAGUGUUUCAGAAUCUGAUUUUAUUCUCACUGAUCAACGAUAGAAUUUUCAGAUUCCAAAAAUAUCUUUUAAAGAACUUUUGGGGUUUAGAGAGUACCUCUGAGACAUCCAAGCGAGCUUUCCUGUUGGAAAGAAUUAGAAUUUCCUAAUUGGCAGUCCACGCAGCAGGCUCCAGUAAGAUUUGCGGCAAGAAAGUGCUGCAGGUGGGCAUAGAUUGCCCUCUUAGGAGCAACAUGUUUCCACAGUGGUGGCUGAGUACCAGGAACAAGGUGCAGGGCUGGAGCUUGCCCUCAGAUACUGUGAACUGUUGUGGGAUUUGUUUUUUCAUUUUCUCUUUUUUUGCUGCUCUCUCCCUCCUGUUUCCAAUUACCUGCAUAAUCCUCCCUUCUAGGCUGUGACUCAGUGUGAUGACUUCACCUGACCCCACCUAAGGAAGGGCCUGGCCUGGCCUGUGCAUUUCUUUGGCUCAAGCUUUAGCUGAGUGGAGAAGAUCUUCAUCAAUUACCAUAUUCCUCUAAGUGGACUUGGGAUACUGGUUUCAGCCAGGCUCCCAAAGAAAGGGCUUGUCUCAGUUUGCUCUUUGGAGCAACGUGACUAUUUUAGGAGAGAAAGCCAGGAACAAAUGGGGAUUAGAAGUCACCUGGUUAGAGUGAUGAAAUAAUAAAGGAUGCUCCCCGGUUGGAACAUUUUAAUCAAAGUUGCACAACAACUAGUGUUGAUCACCUUCCUCAGUAGAAAAUUAAUAGAAUGUGUCAUUUCCUAGCUCCCUUCGGUCUCAGUAAGAACAAAUGAGCUUCACUGAGUGGCUCAUUUGUGAGGUUUGGGUUUCUUUGCAAAUAACCAUAGGGCCUCUUAUUGAAAACUGACCAGGGAAUCCAUCUAUAAUCCUAGUUAAUGAAGCUGAAGCCUCUUUAAUAUUUGUAACUAGUGGGAAAAGGAAAGUGAAAUACCAGUCUCUGCAAGAGUAUAAGUCAGUAUCUUAAACUUAUCGAAGUAGACUUAACCAAGCUACCCCAUGAAUUACUAGGGUAAAUGGGCCUAUAUGAGGUGAAGGCUUGUAAAUUUACACUGAAGUUUGAAGACUGUUCCUGAAUGUGUAUAGCUGUUUUAAGUAUACCAGCACAACUGAUUGAACAGCAACAAACCUAUCUCAAAAAUAAUCAAUAUAAAUGAUUACCCAGACAGAGCGCAGAGAUUUUAAAGCCAAGUAGGAGGUAUAAAAUGGUGCACGGAGUGUGUGUGUGUUCAGUCAUGUCUGACUCUUUUGCGACCCCACGGACUAUAGCCUACCAGGCUUCUCCGCCCGUGAUAUUU